ACCCCAUUCAGCCCUGGGCGGUUCGCAUGACGGGGCGGCUGAAACUUAGUCUGGGAACUUUGUGCACUAUCUCAUGGGAACGGCACAAUCUUACAGUCAUCCUUAGUAUUACUCGGACCUUGUGAUUUUUUGGAGGCAAAGACUGAAGCAGCUACGCUUUGAUAAUAGGAAGGUUGAUCUGAACAAGAACAAGAACAGUGCUGUUACAUGAGGUAAAAGAUGUCGACCAAUCAGGAAAACGGCACAGCAAAUGACGCCAAACCCGGUGGAAGCGGCACCAACUUCACUAACGGCUACCAUGGGGGGAGGUCGGAGGACAAGCCUGCCGGAGAUGCGGAGGCGGCCGUGUCGUGCGGCCUGGGCGCCUGGAGACCCAACUGCAUCCAGAAGUGCGCGAACGCCAAGUUGUUCUGUUUCGUCCUGGCCUGGUUCAUGUUCUUUGAGGGCCUGAUGUACAGCGGGUUCUUCAAAGGAGCGAUCACAUCUCUGGAGAAGCAGUUCCGCAUGCCGAGCUCCGUCAGCGGAACUCUCGCGACAGUUGCCGAGAUCACGGCCGUCGUCGUCGUCACCUUCGUGACGUACCCGGGUGCGGAUUCUCUGGACCUCGAACUCAACCCUUACGGACACAACCUCGUCUUUUCCAGCAGGUACUAUCAACUGCUGGGCAAGAGAAAGGGUCUGCCCAUCUAUGCGUGCAAAGAAGUCUUCAUGACAGCUAUGAGGAAAUCACAGGUUGUGUUGGUAGAAGGGAAAGUUGGUUCCGGCAAAACAACACAGAUACCGCAAUGGUGUGCAGAGUUUGUUCACGCCCACCAGUACCAGAGCGGGAUCGUGGGCUGUGCGGAGCCGGCAGACCUGGUGACGUGUUCCGUGGCGCAGCGUGUGGCGGAUGAGAUGGACCUGGUGUUUGGGGAGGAGGUGGGGUACUGCACGGCACUGGAGGACUUCAGCACACAGGAGACCAUCCUCAGAUUUGUCAACGACAGCGUACUUCUGCGGGAAAUCGCUGUCGACCCUCUCCUGGAGCGUUACGGCGUCAUCAUCCUGGACGAGGUGCAGAGACGAACAGUUGCCACAGACUUGACCAUGGCCUUGCUCGGGGACAUCCUGAGUCAAAGGUCAGACAUGAGAGUGGUGGUCGUCACCACGUCCAUACAGGCAGGGAACUUUCAGUCCUACAUCGGGGCGUGCGAGGUGGUGAAGGUCCCGGGUGCGGGGGACAGCACGACGGAGAUUCAUCACACGCAGGAUGUGGUGCACGAUGGGAAAUGUGUGGAGGAGGCUGUGAAGAGAGUGACUGAGAUCCACGCAAACGACGGUGACAACGGAGACAUCUUGGUCUUCCUGGCAGAUGAAAAGGAGGUCCAGGAAGCCUGCAAGAGACUGAGAGAAGUCGACGACCUGCCGGCUCCUCUGCACAUCAUCCCUGUGUUCCCCUCCCUCUCCCACAACCAGCUGCAGGGCCUGUACGACGUGCCAGACGAGGAGCCAGAACCGACGGACAAGGGGCUCGACGAACCCCUCAGGGACGAGGACACGCCAGAAGACGUUGUGGAGAAUGAUGGGAGUGACACAGAGGAGUCUGGGACUGAUGGUGACGAUGACGAUGAUGACACGAUAAGCGGAGAAAGGCCGAGAAAAGUCAUUGUAGCUACAGACAUUGCCGACUCCUGUCUGGUUGUGGACACGGUCGGGUUUGUUGUGGACAGUGGACGAGUCCGACAAGAGGUGUUCAACGCCCGUGUCCGAGCCACCCAGGACCUGGUCAGCCUGAUCAGCAGACUCAGUGCUGACCAGCGGGCUGACCUGGCCAGUCUGCGGCCGGGGAGACCUGGGAAGUGCUUCAGACUGUAUCCUCAGGAUUUCAUGGAGGACCUUGCAGCGUUUCCGAACCCUGAGAUCCACCGCGUGAAUCUGACGCCGUGGAUCCUGCUGCUGAAGAGACUCGGGGUGGAGGACCUGCUCAAGUUUGACUUUCCCGACCCACCAGCUACAGAGUUCUUGAGUGGAGCGAUGAACCAGCUGAAGCACCUGGAUGCGGUGGACGAGACCGGGUGCCUGACGGACCUCGGCGCCAUCAUGUCGGAGUUCCCGGUGGACCCGCAGCUCGCCAGGACCAUCAUCGCCAGCUGCGAGUACGGCUGCUGCGAAGACAUCCUCACCAUAGCUGCACUGCUCACAGAUUUCGGUGCCAUCUUAGAAAGACUGGAACUGGGGCCAUGUGAAGACAGUGAACCAAAGACAGAAGAGGAGAGGGUCAAGAACAUCAAAAGGGCUCUAGCUGAGGGAUACUUCAUGCAGGUAGCACAUGACCUGGAUGGGACUGGGAACUACUUCAUUGUGAAGGAGACGCAGGUGGUCCAGUUGCACCCCACCACUUGUCUGGACAGCAACCCCGGCUGGGUCCUGUACCACGAGUUUGUCCUGAGUGAGAGAAACUACAUCACAACACUGACAGAGAUAGAACCUCAGUGGUUGUUUGACAUCGCACCCAAGUACUUUGACCCCACAAACCUCCCCCAGGGUGAAGCUAGGCGCCGCUUCCACUCCAUCCUGGUCAAGUCGGAGCUUGCAGUACCGGGCAAACCUGCUAGGGAGUGGGCUGGCCCGGGCGUGGCCCAACCUGCAGCACCCAGGAACUUCACUUCCCACCCGGGCAGGGGACCAGUCCCACACGGACAGACCAGGGAAAGAAAAGAGGAAGAUGAUGAUGACUCGAAACUUUGCGUGAUUAGUUAACAAAUGAACAACUUUUUAUGGAAAUGCUUCCAAGACAUGCAUGUCAGGACACACCAAUGUUUUUAAACAAUGGAUUUCUGGCAAGACAGAGUGUGAGGACUACGGUACUGCAAUAGUAUGUAUGCUGCAGCCCAACUGGAUGUUGGGUAGUUUCUGCAACUCUAGAUUACAUACCUAGCAAUUGUAGUAGUGAAAGUGCUGCUUGAGUGUUUGAAACCUUCGCCAGAGAAGCUACACCUCAUGAUAACUGGUAACAGUCCAAAAUGUUUAGUCUUUACUGUGUAUGCUGAUGACGCUUCAUGCCAACAUAUGCAUGGAUUGUUUCCUCAAAGGAAAGUGUUUUGUACAGUGUAGAUGGCUAGCUGCAUCUUUGAUCAUGGAUGGGAAACUAAUAAGAGGUUAAACUUGGAAAAGCUGACAUGUUAACUAGCUUGUCUUGAAAAGGCUGCUGCAGAAUCUUACAAAAUACAACUGGACAUUUUUACUAUGAGAGUCUACAAUCAAUGUGUGUGACAGACUAUGGGAAAAUAUAUUUUGCUAGACUAUGAAAAAGAUGCCUUUGCUAUAAACCCCAUGUUUUUUGAAGUGGGUGACGGGCAAGAGAAUUCCGAAGUGUACUUAUUGAGAGCACAUAAUUAUGCACUGCUGCUAUGUUGCAAAUUUUGUACCUUGGAAGCAAUAAAUGUUGCACUUGUACUAGAGACUAACUGUGGAAAUGUUCGUGGUGCCAAAAAUAAAGCACUAUUUGUACUGCA